UAUGUUACAUACUUCUAAAGCGUUUUGUUAAGUAUUAGAGAUAAAAUGAAAUCACAAUGGCGGAAACUUUCCGCAAUUUAUAAAUUGAAUUAAAUUGUCACUGAUUUUAAACUACAAAUACUAGGAAACACCUCAUAAUAAAGUAAUUGUUAUUUACUCACUAAGGUUUCCCAUCGCACAUGGAAAUGUGAGAAAAUUUCACGUGAAAAGGCUACUUAUUGGAAAUCAGUUUCUUGAAUAAAUCAGGUUUCAUUAUAAGAAUUGCAGUAUUUUGAAAAAAUGGAAGAAAUCCAUAUAGAAAGAUUAAAUAAAUUUGUGUCAGAAAUAAAGAAUCUAUCUAAUAAGGCCAAGGAGCUUUGUGCGUCAAGAUCAUGGAAUGAAGAAGAAUAUGAUCAAGCUAAGAUCACUACAGCUAAGUUGCAAGCUGUAGUUACCCGUUUCAAUACAGAAUUGUACCAGUAUUUUAAGAUGGCUAGUAACCCUAAUGCGGAUGAUAUAAGCAUCUUAACAACUGAACAAUUAGAAGGAGAAGAGUCCUUGGCUGAGAUCAAUUCGCGAAUUCAAUCCCAAAGGGAAAAAACUAAUACUUCCUCCUUCCAAGGUAAGCCCACAAAUAGAGGAAAGUUGCCAGAAUUAAAUUUACCUACCUUUGAUGGAAACGUUCUUCAGUGGACACCGUUUUGGGAUCAGUUUAAAUCAAAUAUUGACCAGAGAGAGCUAAAAGACGUAGAUAAACUUCUGUAUUUAAAAACAUCUCUGAAGGGGGAUGCACAAACCAUUUUAGAUGGACUAGAAACAACUAACGAUAACUAUAAAAUAGCUGUAGAGACCCUUACUAACCGGUAUGGCAAAAAAUCACAGAUAGUCGAUGCUCAUUACUCCACCUUGUAUAAACUAAAACGUGCCGAAAAUCCAGAUGAAUGCAGGAAAACUUUAGAUGACAUUGAACGACACCUAAGAGUACUAAAUUCUUUAGGUGAAAACAUAGAACACAAUCACUUGAGAUUCUUAAUCAUGGAGAAAUUUCCGGAAGAAAUAAUAUACGAAUUAAAAUUGAAAUUAAAGGACGAAUCCGUAGAAGAGUUAAGGAAAGUGCUACAGGUAGUACUCACAGCUAGAGAAGAAGCAAAAAGAACUUGUGAAGAAGGCAGUAGUAAAGUGAAGAAUUUCACUACAGAAACUUUACUCGUACAGGAUUCUGGAAACAAAAGGCGAGUAAAACAAAGAAAACCCGAUGUCAAAUGCAAUAUGCGUAAGAAAUUUAAACCAACUUUGACAGCGUUUACAAAGACAUAUCAAAACAAAAGAAAACUAAUUGAUGAAGAGAAUACCUCUGCACCUGUUCAAAAGAAAAGGAAGUUUUCAUGCAUAUUCUGUAGUGGAAAUCAUUUCAACGAUGAGUGUACCAAAGUCAAAUCAUUGCAACUCAGAAAGGCAAAACUUAAUAAUCGCUGCUACAAGUGCUUAGGGCUGGGCCAUUUCGGAAGAAUGUGCAAAGCUAAAAUACAAACUUGCCCGCAUUGUGGUAAAACGGGACUACACAAUAGAGCACUCUGUCCAUCUAGGGACCAGCCUAAGAAAGAAACGACCACUUCUUUACAUGUCAGUGAUUGCGGAUCUACUGUGCUUGAGACGAUAAUUGUCAACGCUAUAGGAAGAGACAAAACUGCACAGAAAUGCCGUGUACUUUUAGAUAACGGCAGUAUGAGGAGCUACGUCUUACAAAGUGUUGCGAAAAAUCUCAAUUUAGAACCUGAAGAAAACCAUCACCUCACAGUAUUCACUUUCGGUAAGGAAGAACCGCGCGAAAUUGAAAGCCCUCUAGUUAGACUUUGUCUGCAAUCUAAAAAUAAUAACUCAAGGAUUAUAUAUGUCAAUGUAGUACCUACAAUCACGAGAGAAGUAUGCACACAAAAUAAAGAUUUCUUAGACUGGGAACACCACAAUAAGUAUGUUUUAGCCUAUGACGGAUCUCUGGAGGAUCGCAUUGAUAUCCUGAUUGGUAACGAUUACUAUCAAUCCAUUAUGUUGCCUGAAAGGGUAGAAAUAAAAGAAAAUUUAUAUCUUGUGAACUCAAUGUUUGGUUGGAUCUUAUCCGGUCGGUCAAGAAAGGAAAGGGGAGAUGAUUUAUCUGCACUCACGUACUUUCAGGCCGCGUACGAAACCAAAUUAAAUGAACCUGACUUGCCACUGGACAAUGCAUCGAUGAAGACUUUAUGGGAUCUAGAAUCUAUAGAGAGGAAUUAUAGAAAGGGUCCCUAA